AUGAUGAUGAAUAGACUUACUACCCCUGGAUUAAAGCUAGGGAGCAGCCUUCUAUGCACUACAAAUCUAAUAGCAUCCAGAACUAGUCUCCCAUGGAUAAUAUCCGUAACAAGAAGAUUUAAACAUGAAUAUGCUCCCCGAUAUAAAGAUCAAAAGAAGAAACAAAAGGGUAGAGUCCCGGUACGUGUUGGUGGCUCCAUUAAAGGGUCUACUUUACAAUUCGGUACAUUUGGUAUGAGAUUGAAAUCUGAGGGGACAAGGUUAACUGCAGAUCAAUUAAAAGCUGCUGAUACAGCAUUAAUGAGGUAUGUUAGACCACUGAAUAAUGGACAAUUAUGGAGACGUCUUUGUUGUAAUGUUGCAGUUUGUGUGAAGGGGAACGAAACGAGAAUGGGGAAGGGGAAAGGUGAUUUCGAUCAUUGGAUGGUCAGAGUCCCUACAGGGAAAAUAAUUUUUGAAAUGAGUGGUGAUAAUUUACAUGAAAGAGUUGCAAGAGAAGCGUUCAGAAAAGCUGGAGAUAAAUUGCCUGGUGUUUAUGAAUUUGUGUCUAAGGAAUCCUUGGUAAGAGUUGGGUUACAUGGCUUUAAGGAUGAGAAAUUGAUAAAGGAAACUAAUUACUAUCAAAAAUUACAAGAAAAACCAACAAAGGAAUUUUUAAAUGUUCUAAAAGCCAAGGAACCUGAGUAUCGUUUAUUUAGAGGACGUUAA